AUGCACAUGCGUCUCGAGUCGUCCUCUUCCUCAGUCAAUUACAACUUCGCGAGUGGAGUCACGACUCACCGGGGGCUAUUGGCGGCGCUCGAAACUUGCCAAGUGUCCAGCGCAUCGCGCGAAUGCGUCACAAGCCGUCCCCCUGCUCGUGUGGGCUGCGAGGCAGGCCAGAGGCGAAGACGCAAGGCGAUCUUCAUCGAUUUGAUGGUGCGAUUGUAUCGUGUGGACGCUGGUGGCUCAUCCGACUUCGCUGAGUGA